ACACAACGACUGUUUAUCAUAGACAAUUUAUUUUCCAGCGUUAAGUCAACAUAUAAUAGCAAACUUACAACAAUUAUUUAACAUUUUUAAAGCCAUGAAGAAGGGACAGAGCGCGGAGCGGCCGGGGAGAGCGGCAGAGCGGGAGGCAGACGCACGGUGGGCUCCCCGGGAGGGCCCUUGCCGCGCUGGGCGCAGUCCCUAAAGCCGCUCCGGUCGCCUCCGUCGCGGGGAGCGCAACGCCGGUUCCCGCCCGCCAUGAGCCACCUCUUCGGUCCCCGGCUGCCUGCCUUGGCCGCGUCGCCCAUGCUCUAUCUGUACGGCCCCGAGAGACCCGGGCUGCCUCUGGCCUUCGCCCCGGCGGCCGCUCUGGCCGCCUCGGGCCGGGCGGAGCCCCCCCAGAAGCCGCCCUACAGCUACAUCGCGCUCAUAGCCAUGGCAAUCCAGGACGCGCCCGAGCAGAGGGUCACACUCAACGGCAUCUACCAGUUCAUCAUGGACCGAUUUCCCUUCUACCACGACAACCGGCAGGGCUGGCAGAACAGCAUCCGCCACAACCUCUCGCUCAACGACUGCUUCGUCAAGGUGCCCCGCGAGAAAGGGCGGCCGGGCAAGGGCAGCUACUGGACCCUGGACCCUCGCUGCCUGGAUAUGUUCGAGAAUGGCAACUACCGGCGCCGGAAGAGGAAGCCCAAGCCGGGCCCCGGGGCCCCGGAGGCCAAGCGGGCCCGUGCCGAGACUCACAAGCGCGGCGUAGAUGCGCAGCGGGAGGCGGGGAGCGGAGAAGGGCGCCCGGGCCCCGCGACCCCCAGCCAGGAGGGAGCGCCCUCGCGCCUCUGGCCCCUCCGGGAAGUCUCCUCCACGCCGGCGCCCUUCCUCUGGCCCGGGCCAGCGUCCCCAGAGGAGGACGUGGGCGACGCUGUCCAGGGCGCUGGGGCCGUGGCCGUGGGCCAGCCAGCGCGCCCAGGAUCCCCUCCGCGCCCUGCCUCGCGCAGCUCUCCGAAGAGCUCCGACAAAUCCAAGAGCUUCAGCAUAGACAGUAUUCUGGCAGGACGGCAGGGCCAGAAGCCGGCUGGAGGGGCCGAGCUCCUGAGGGGCGCCAAACAGGGGCCCGGCGGCUGUCUGGGCACCUCGCUUAUGACCACCUCUACUAGCUUCCGUCCCCCUUUCAACGCUUCCCUGAUGCUCGACCCGCACGUCCAGGGCGGUUUUUACCAGCUCGGGAUCCCUUUCUUCUCCUACUUUCCUCUGCAGCUUCCCGACACCGUGCUUCACUUCCAGUAAAGCAAACUGGCUCCGUUCUUUCCCCUGCCUUGGUUAGAGCUUCUUGUGAGCCACCAAGGCUCCCACCGCUGGGGGAAGGAGACACUUUUUAAAAAAAAAAUGAUCUUUUCCUCGGCUGAGGUGUGGAUCCUGGGAAGUGUUUCCAACUUCUGCGCGCAGGGGGGGCAUGCUUGCCUGCCUCCUCCAAGGGGACCUCCCCAGAACCAGGAUGAGCGUCAGAGUUCAAAGACCCUGCCCCACUGGGACUUGGGCAUCUCAGAUCUCCUACGGUGGGUGCAGGAGAAUUCUUUGACC